AUGCCCCACUAGCAGAGGUAAAACUCUUCCUCUGCUCGGGCAUCCGAGUCGACUUCCCUUUUCGGAAUACACAACGCGGAAAAUCUUUGGAGCUUGCCGCGUUUUCGCCGUCAGGCGCGUGAUCGACAGCGCCCUCUGGACUGUUUUGCUUAGCUGUGCUGUCGUGACUUCUGCCUGCCAAUUUUUAGUGAAACAGUGAGACACUUCGAUACCCUAGGAUUGGCUCUCUGACAACCGGUUCUCCGCAUUACAUUUCGUCCCAACGAGAAAAGGGAGUGCAAGCUCGAAACUCACGGGGCGCCACCCUGAUCCAUGGACUAGAUCCACUGAAUUUGUGCAGGCUGUGGCCUGAUGGAUGGAUGACUAAAAGCGCAGAGACAAUUCGAUAUUCUCCGAUUCCACGAAAUUUUCAUGGAGACCAACAGCAGUUCUGGAAGUCUGCUCAAUAAACGACUUCAGAAGGAAUUGAUGUCGAUGCAGCGGGAGCCAUCACCCGGUGUCUCUAUCAAUUCUCACACCUUGCACGGGAAUAGUCUCUCACAAUGGAUUAUCGACAUGGAAGGCGCUGAAGGAACAUUGUACGAAGGCGAGAAGUUCCAACUACUCUUCAAAUUCUCCUCGAAGUAUCCCUUCGAUUCUCCUGAGGUGACAUUCGUAGGACCCAACAUUCCCGUUAACCCUCAUGUUUAUUCCAACGGCCACAUUUGCUUGUCCAUUUUGACGGAAGACUGGUCUCCGGCUCUUUCGGUGCAAGCAGUAUGCCUUUCCAUAGUUUCAAUGCUCUCAUCAUGCAAAGAAAAGAAACGGCCGCCGGAUAACACGCUCUACGUCAAGACGUGCAGCAAGAAUCCGAAGAAAACCAAAUGGUGGUAUCACGAUGAUUCUGUGUAAGAUCACGAUAAUACGCGAACAUUGAUCUCAGUUUGUAAUUUCCAUCAAGCAACCGACUUACUCCACAUACCUCUGUGAACCAAUCAAUUGUCAUCGGAGCAGGCACGCAAGAAAUCUAGGAGGCGGGCCGCGUCAAGGGAGCAACUGCGUGGAGCCAAUGAUAUGGAGACACCGAGAAUAGUUUGAGUGUAACAUGCGAAUGCAAGUUCAUGGUAGCACAGUGAUGCAAAGCUUUGACCGAUAAAUAUUGUUCCUGUCGUCAUUGAAUCGUGGGAAAGACGAGAAAUAUCAUAGGUACCCGAAAUAUUUAUUUUCCCUCUUCCGCGCAUGUAUUCAGGAUCUAUAGUGAGUUGAUCCGCUGUGAGUCGAUUCGAGGAUCCUUCGCCUCUCAAGAGAGACGAGAGCUAUUUCGGCCGAUGUGAAUGAUUCCGCGCUCCGCUGUUUCGAAAGAGAAUCGCAUGGAGUUAGAUAAGCAUCGCUUUCUUGAGGGAGCAUCAUAUUUUCUAGGUGAUGACCCUCGCCGAGACAGAUUUUGGGGAUAUCCCUUUGUAUUGUCUCCCUUCCUAGCGGGGCCCCAUUUCCUAAAGCACAUAGUGACCCUCCAUCGGUUCUCUCGAGCAGCGGUUUUCUAGUCAGUACCUCACCUCAGGAGAUAGUUAGAGCGAAUAACUAUCGGUGAAAUAGAAACUGUGACGGCACUGAAAAUGGUCCGAAAGCUUUCCCCGCAAGUCGACAAUGAACGAGAGAAUGUCGGCGUGAAUAGACUUUCAAUAAAAGAAGGUG